AUGGGUUUGUGUGGUCAUCCCAGUGGCGAGCUCUCCAUCCUCUCCUCCCUCCCGCCUCACCCCCACCUCAUCCCCCUCCUCGGCUCCUCCGUAACAACCAACUGCUCUAACAGUGGUGGUGCAGGUCCUGCUGAUGCCCGUGUUUAUCACCGCCGCCACAUUUUCUUAUCCUACGCCCCCGGCGGGGCCGUCGCGGACCAGAUAAGGCUCCGCGGCAGCCUCGACGAGCCCGCGAUCCGCCGCCACGUGUUCGGAGUCGUCUCCGCGCUCGCGCACGUCCACGCGCACUCCGUCGCGCACUGCGACGUCAAGCCGGAUAACAUUCUCGUCGGCGGCGACGGGGGGGCGAUACUCGCCGACUUCGGCUGCGCGCGGCGGUGCGUCGACGGCGAGCCGCUGCGCGGCGCAGCGGUCAUGGGGACGCCCGCGUACUUGGCGCCGGAGGCGGCGCGCGGGGAGGAGCAGGGCCCCGCCGCCGACGUGUGGGCCCUCGGAUGCGCCGCCAUCGAAAUGGCCACCGGGAGCUCACCGUACAGCGGCGGCUUUAAUAUGGACGGUUCGAUCGCCUUGCUCUACCGGAUCGGAUACGACGAGUGUUACGGGCCGCAGGCGCCCGCGUGGCUCUCCGAAGAGGCGCAAGAUUUUGUGAGAAGGUGUUUGAGGAGAGACCCCAGAGAGAGGCCUACCGCAGCGGAGCUGCUGAGGCACCCGUUCGUUGCGGCGGAUCAGGAAAGCGGCUUCCGGGAGAAGCAGAAGCUGCUGCGGAUUUCGCCGAGAAGCACUUUGGAGGACAGUUUCUUCUGCGGCGGCUCAGAAACAGGGGAGGACGAGGUGGAAGAGAUAGCGGAGUGGCAGCGGUGGAUCGCGGUGAGAGGAUGCGGUCGAGAUUGUGGUAGUAACGAUAGAUGUGUUGCUGAUGUGUUCGACGACGACGACGAUGAUGACGACGACNCGGACGCGCCGGAAUGGACGGGGGACGAUGAGGGGUGGAUCGCGGUGAGAGGAUGCGGUCGAGAUUGUGGUAGUAACGAUAGAUGUGUUGCUGAUGUGUUCGACGACGACGACGAUGAUGACGACGACGACGAUAACGAUGAUGAAAAUGAUAACGAUGAUGAUUUGGGCUUGAAUGAGGGAAUUGUUGCUGCUGAUGAUGAGGAGGAGAGAUUAUUACUGCGUGUGCAUCGUAAUAGAGAUUGUGAAAAUAGUGGAGAAAUCGAGGGAUGA